AUGGCCUCGCCUUUUACGCAGGUCGCGGGUGACCAAGGAGUGAUCGACUGGGCAAGCCUGAAGAAAUUAAUCGCCUUGCAGGAGUCCCAGCAGCUGAACCUUAUGCAGCCAGAGCAAUUGACGCCCGCGCAGCUACGUGUUUUCACCGAGCUCAACCGAGCGACCUCACAUGCCCUUGAGAUGUUGUCCACCACGGUGUCGCUGGAGGAGCCCAGCCUUGGAGGCAAGGAUUGGGUCAGCCUGCUUGGGCGAUAUCGCGACGCGCACGUUGAUGGCAGCUACAUCACCUACAAGGACGAGUCCCGUGGCCUGAAGUGGUGCACCUUCACCAAGCUGUCCGAGGCGGGAGAGCUUCUCUUCCCGGAGGUUGGGAUUCCAUUCAGCAGGAAGAAAGACGCGAAACAAUACGCUGCCCUCAAGGCCAUAGACUGGUUGAUGUCCAACCAGCUCAUGCCUGACGACGGUAUCAACGUCACCUUCAAGAGGCCGAGGCAGUGCCCCCCAAUGCCUUCCUCUGUCACUGGUGCCGGCGUGGCCUCGCCUCCGAGGCCGGGCCCGACGUCCCCGCCAGCCGCUGCGGCAAAACCCCCACAGACGCCAAAGCCGAUGGGCAGCAGGGACCGCAGCUCCAGCGGCGGAAACAAGCCGGCCGACGGCCAUUCCGACGACGAUAACGUAGUCGCCCAGGCCGAAAAGUUGUGCCGCGCCUUCGGGUACGGCAUGCCGAGAUACGAGGUGACCCCUGUCGAGAGCUCGACGAAUCUCUUCAACGGCACGGUGAACUGGGGCAAAGAGUUCCGCGUUCCACCGUCCGUCGGGGUCGUGAACAAUAUCUACGGAAGAAAGCCCGCAAGAGACCUGAUGGCCCAAGAGGUACUGCAACAUCUGAGAGAGGUGGUCAAGCAUCAGAGGGAGGCGGAGAGGGCUGAGGCGAUGAAGACGCUGCAGCAGAACCAAGCGGCCGCAGCCCAGGCAGCCUCAGGACCAGGCUCAGGCUCAUGGAUCCAGAGCAUGGCAUGGCCUCUGGGUUCCAAUCGAUAA